AUGGGUCUGCGAUGCGUCUUGAUCACUACUUGUGCUGUGAACAUCGCGCAUGCACUGGCGAGGCUUGUCCAAUUCGAGAUCAGUAUUUCCCAAGAGGUCCGUUCGCCAGACGGAUAUGCGCGCCCUCAGAUACUCGUCAACGGAACAUUCCCAGGCCCGCUGCUUGCGUUGGAUCAAGGCGAUGAUGUGGAACGAUGGCAUGCCCGGGCUCUCAUGCCCGGGCUCUCGCAACGCCCGAUCUUGCCGGGGUCCUCAUUUGUGUAUCGGUGGACCGCGAAUGAGUACGGCAUGUACUUUUAUCAUUCACAUCUGAAAAGCCAGAUCAGCCAUGGCCUCUUCGGUCCGCUGUAUAUUCGUCCUUCAAGUACAGUUGUGAAGCCGUUUGACCGGAUCACCACAUCGAGUCAAGAGCAGGCGCAGUUGGUAAAGACGGAGAAGACGCCAAUUGCGGUAACCAUUUCGGACUGGACCCAUGUGACAUCUCCAGAGUUCACUUCUAUUGAGCAGGAAGCCGACCUCGACGUGUACUGCAGCCAGAGCAUCUUGAUUAACGGCAAGGGCCGAGUGACAUGUCUUUCGCCACAGCAGCAAGAGCAGGAGCUCGCAGAUCCAUUCAAAGCAGCACUCAACGGAAGCAAGCUGCACCCAAGCGGUUGUGCGCCGUUCAUUACUCUCGGGCAAGGAACAUACAGCCACAACUUCUCCGCAGUGCCGGCAGAUCUGAUAGAUGGCUGCGAAGAGACCCAAGCACCGAUCGAACAAUUCCUGGUACAAAAGAACGAUCGGUGGGCGUCGUUCCAUUUCAUCAGCGCCGCGUCGGUACAAGCUCCCAUUACGUCAAUCGAUCAGCAUCCAAUGUGGGUAUAUGCCGUGGACGGUAGGUAUAUUGAGCCCGUCCGGGUAGAUGGACUCCAGAUCUACAAUGGCGAGCGCUAUUCGGUGAUGGUGAAGCUGGACCAGCAGCCAGGCACGUAUAGAAUAAGAGCAGCCAACUACGCCCUCAAUCAGUUGAUCAUCGGCUUCGCCACACUCACUUAUGCCAGUCGAUUUUGGCAUCGGCCGGAUCCUGCGCCGUACUUCACGUACGGAGGAGCGCCGACGUCAACGAAUGUGACGUUGCUCAAUACAACCACGCAGAUUGUACCAUUUCCAAAUGUUCCACCAGCGAGAACGGCAGAUGCGACACAUGUCCUGCGUGUGAAGCGCUUUGGAGGGUCCUGGAAGUGGAUGUUGUCGGGCACGGCCAGCUAUCCAGUCGACUACUCUUCACAGCAUCCGCUGCUGUGGUAUCCGAAUAGUCCGGCCGCGCGAAACCAGAGCCUGGUCAUCCGGACAGUCAACGGCACAUGGGUGGACAUUGUGUUCGUCGUCGAAGCCGAUGUCAACGACCCUGUUGCCCCACCUCACGCUAUGCACAAGCACAGCAAUAAAGCGUACAUCUUAGGUGCCGGUGUGGGCGACUGGACGUGGGAUACUGUUGCGGAAGCUGCACAGGCUCAGCCAGCUUCCUUCAACUUUGUCAACCCGCCGUAUCGGGACGGGUUUGCGACACCAACGGGUACAGGCCAGCACGUAUGGCUAGUCAUUCGAUAUAAGGUAGUCAACCCAGGCGCGUUUCUCUUGCAUUGCCACAUUCAGGACCACUUGGCCGGAGGAAUGGCCGUCGCGCUGCUCGAUGGCGUAGAGGCGUUUCCUGCGAUUCCGAAGGAAUAUGGCCCUAAUUCAGGGCGGCGAGCGUAG